UUGAGUAUUGUUUAGAAAUGUUCUGAUUUUCGACAUCAGUUUUGUCUGUCCCCCGCCCAUGAAAAAGUUCUGUGUUGACUGGCCGCUGAGACAGACCCGAGUAGCCACUGAAACAGCAGCGUGGGCUUACUGGCAUGUGACGUCGCGCUUUCCAAAACCUGCGGAAAGUUGUGGAGAAAACAACCCGAAACAGACUUCGAAAUCCUCGGAAUGUACGAACCGCUGCCUUUAUAUUGCAACUAGUCGUCGACAUGAGAAAACAGCGGUCUCGUUGCAUCGAGUUUUCAGCAUUGUUGAGUUGUAUCUUGGCUUUGUUUUUGGUGAAUCACUGUGCAUGUGCUAGUGAAGAUGAAGUUCUGGAUAAAAAUCAACUUUCUGAAUUAUACAACAAGGGCCUCUUCAUUCUGCAGAGCUCCAUGCUAAAUCGCUGCGUCAGCGCCGGUGAUUCCAACCUGACCCUCGAAAGCUGCAAUCGGCCGACGCAGCGCAUGCUCUGGAAGUGGGUUUCCCGCCACCGUCUCUUCAACCUGGGCAGCAGUCUGUGUCUGGGCCUGAACAUCAGCGACGUUACCAACCCGCUAGGCACCUUCGAGUGCGACUCGCCUCUCCGGACCCUGUGGUGGCGCUGUAAGGGAAACACGCUCUACGGGGCUUCCCAGCUGAAACUGUCAGUGGAGGGACGGUUGGUGGCUGUGAAGAAGAACUCCUACCACAAGUGGAGGAAGUUAUCCACGCUCGGAGAGGGCCCGUGCGCCUACCCGUACGAAGAGAUCCACCCUCUUCAGGGGAACGCCCACGGCACGCCCUGCGCUCUGCCCUUCAGGUACAACAACCGCUGGUACUCAGAGUGCACCACUGAGGGCAGAGAGGAUCAUUACCUCUGGUGCUCUACCACCAGCCGCUACGACGAGAAGUGGGGCUUCUGCCCCAGCCCAGACUCCAGCUGUGACACGUUCUGGGACGCGAGCCAGGAGCUGGGGGCCUGCUACCAGUUCAACCUGUACACCAUCCUCACCUGGAGCCAGGCCCACUCCUCCUGCCUGGCCCAGGGAGCCAGCCUGCUCAGCAUCACACACCUGGAAGAGCUCAAAUACAUCCAGGAGCGUCUUGGUGGUGACCUGGGGGUCAUGGUGUGGAUCGGACUGAACCACCUAAGGGAGGGAGAGGGGUGGCAGUGGUCAGACGGCUCUCCUCUCAGCCUGGUCAACUUCACCUCAGGGCUGUCGCCCACCCCCCUGAAGGACAACAGGCAGUGUGGGGUGUACCUCUCUCACGGGGGGCGUUCCCCGUGGCACAGCCUGGCGUGUGAGUCGGCUCUGCCCUACAUCUGUAAGAAGAUGCCUAACAACACCCGCCGGGCCGAACCGCUAAGUAACUGGCAGUACUAUCGUACAGAGUGUCUGGAGGGAUGGGUGUCCCACAAUGGUUUCUGCUACCGGAUGGUGGAGGCAGGAUCGUGGGAGGAGUCCUUGGAGGCAUGUGACUCGGAGGCAGCCGGCCUCGCCAGCCUCCACUCCCUCUCUGAGGUCAAGCUGCUGCUGCGCCUGCUGGCAAACCGUGAGAAACUACCGCCUGCUGUGUGGAUCGGUCUGGUGAAGAGGGUGCGGUCUGCGGAGGUGGAGUGGUCAGAUGGCUCCCCCGUCACCCUCACCCUCUGGCACCCUCAACAGCCUGUCUAUCACCACGGUAACGGCUUGCUCUGCGCCAAGGCUGACAGGAAGGAAGGCAGCUGGACCCUGGCUCCCUGUGACACAUGGCUGCCUGCAGUGUGCAGGAAACCUGGUCUGCUGCCUCCCCAUCAGUCAGAAGACUGGGACGAGGGCUGUCCUGUGGGCUGGAAGCGGUGGGGUCACUCCUGCUACACGGUGACCUCUCACCCCCAGACGUUCCAGGAUGCUGUCCGUGGGUACUACUGCAAGGCCCCCCUGCUGACCCUGGAGGACAGGUUCGAGCAGGCGUUUGUCAACAGUCUGAUCAACGAGCUGGGAGCCAAUGAGAGCACUUCUUACUGGACGGCCUUCCAAGACCAGAACAACACCGGGGAGUACAGUUGGCUGGGGCACAACGGCUCCUCCCUCCCUCUCACCUACACCAACUGGAACAAGCACCAACCAGUUAGUUCAGGUGGUUGUGUUGCUAUGUCGGGUGGCCAGGCCCUGGGUCACUGGGAGGUGAAAGACUGCAUUUCCCAGAAGGCCUUGUCAGUGUGUAAGCAAAGCAUCAGCAGCUACCAGGAAGUGCACCUGCCAGUGCAGCACAUCGACGCGUACGCCCCCUGUCCCCUGGGCUGGGAAUCUCACUCUGGUCUGCUUCACUGUUACAAGGCGUUCCACAGUGAGAAGAUCCUGAUGAAGCGUUCCUGGGUGGAGGCUGACUACUUCUGCCAGGCGGUGGGUGCUGAGCUGGCCAGCUUCCACCACUACGAGGACCAGCAGUUUGUCCGCCAGCUGCUGCAGGGCAUGUUCGAAGGAACAGAGGGUCGCUGGUUCUGGGUGGGCCUGAACAAGAGAGAUCCACAGACUGGCACCUGGGAGUGGUCAGACCGGACCCCCGUGGUGUCGUCGUUCAUUGAGGAUAAGAACGAGGAGGAUGACAGUCAUAGUUGUGCUGUGUUCAGUGAUCUGACCAACUCUCUGCUCCCUCAACCCUGUGAUGGCCAGCAUGAGUGGAUCUGCAACGUGGCACGAGGUGUUGAGCUGAACAAGCCCUACUGGUACACAGAUCAGGAUGAACCCUGGGUUUUCUACAAAGGAGCAGAAUAUCUGUUGGCCAAAAAGCCGUUUCCCUGGGAGGCGGUGUCACUGGCAUGUCAGAUGAUGGGUGCCAGCCUCCUGUCCAUCCACUCUAGAGAGGAGCUGAGAUUUGUUAAAGAGCGCAUGGGGCGGUCGGGCAGCUCUGAUUGGUGGAUCGGCCUGUCUGCAGACUCAGUGACAGAGAAGUUCAGUUGGAGUGACGGAUCAGAGCUGGACUAUCAUCACUGGGCUGAAGGCAGCUCCCACUCUGCUCCUGUCAAACAGAAACUCUGUACCACCAUGUCUUACCAGUCAGGGAGGUGGACGGCGAGGGAGUGUGGUGGUCUCCAUGGUUACGUUUGUAAGCGUCGGACGGUGUCGGUGGUGGAGAUCCCCAGAGAGCCUCACUACAUCGGGGGCUGUCCUGAGAGGUGGCUGUACUACGGACACAAGUGUCUCCUGCUGCACCUCCCCAGCAGUCCCUCCGAGGGGAAGAGCUGGCGGGACGCCCAGUUCAUCUGCUCCUCCUUCCAGGGCUCACUGGUGGCCAUCGAGGACGAGAUAGAGCAAGCCUACAUCACCAUGCUCCUUCAGGGUGGAGCUGUGGGCGUGUGGAUUGGCCUACGAGAUGAGGACACCAUGAAAUGGGCCAAUGGCAGGCCUGUGAGCUACACAAACUGGUCUCCGGUGGAACCUAAGAACUCUCCCUCUCAGGAGGAGUGGCUGAGCGGGUCUCUAGCAGCAGAUGAGCCUCUGUGCACGGUGCUCUCCAACAACCACAACGUCCACCUGACAGGGAAGUGGUACGAUGACGUCUGCACUGAGACUGGUUACGGUUUUGUGUGUCAGAAACCCCAAGACCCGUCCAGCCCUCCCACCCACUCCUACCUCCACCCCCUGCCUGAGCGUCCUGAGUACCGGGGGCGGAGCUACCGGGUGCUGCAGGGGAACCUGAGCUGGUACCAGGCCCUGCGGGUGUGUCUGGAGGACGGCUCAGACCUGGUCAGCAUCACUGACCCCUUCCACCAGGCCUUCCUCACCGUGCUGGUUAACAGGCUGGACGCAUCCCUCUGGAUCGGCCUCUACAGGCAGGAUGAUUCCCUCAGCUACCGCUGGACGGACGGGAGCGACACGGUGUUCAGCCACUGGGACGCCGCCGACAGCGGGGACUCUGUGGAGGCCGACUGCGUGUACAUGGACCCCAGCGGGGGCUGGAGGAGGGCCGACUGCGACACGCCGCUGUCCGGAGGCCUGUGUCACGUCCCCCCUACCAAGACAGAGAAGCCCACCGUCUCAGCAGGGGACACUUGUCCGUCAGCAUGGAUGGAGUUUGCAGACGGCUGCUACAGCUUUGAGACCAUGCUCCAGGAAGUCACUCUGGAGGAGGCCCGAGGCAUCUGCAGAAACAAAGCGAAUAUGUCCGAUAUUCUGACCUUGGAGACUCGUGAGGAGAUGCGCUUCAUCAUGAGCCAGAUAGAGGAGCUGUGGUCCACCUUCAGGUUCGACCGCCACCAGGCCAUGUGGCUGGGGAUGCUGUACGACACCAGCGCGGAAGCCAUGGUGUGGUUGAACGGUUCUCCCGUGGAGUUCACCAGCUGGAGCGUCAAGGCUCCGUCUCCUGAAGACUUCAAGGGGGACACAUGCGUGUCCAGCAGGAUCGUGGACGGGGUGUGGCACGUCUCCACCUGCUCCGCACGGCUCGGCUUCGUCUGUGAAGCACACCCUGGUACCACCACUGAGGUGAAAGUUGAACCACUAAAUGGGUUUCAUCAUGUGGUUGUUCUAGCUGCAGUCCUGGUGGCCAUUUUGAUUUUCUCUGUGCUGGUGGGAGUGGUCUGGUUUGUUUACAAGAGAAACGCGGCGCGCUUCCGGAGACUUCCGACGUUUGGCAACGCGUACUACAGACAGGACAGCUCCCAGACAACAGACUCAGAUGGAAACGUUCUCAUCACUGAGCUGGAGACUCACUCUGGAGAGUAGCUCACUCUCUCUCUCUCUGACGGUCUCUCUCUCUGACUGUAUCUCUCUCUCUGACGGUCUUUCUCUGACUGUAUC